CCGUGUAGCGGGAGACGAAUUGAGUUCGGAAAAGGAAAGAGCUUUUAUUUACGUAGCAUAACCCUCCCGCUUUUGGUGCCCGAAAAUGUCGGUCCAAGCGAAACGGCAGCACUGCUACCUGUGCGAUUUGCCGCGCAUGCCGUGGGCAAUGAUAAACGAUUUCUCCGAGCAUGUGUGCCGCGGUUGCGUCAACUACGAGGGCGCCGAUCGGAUCGAGCUGGUGCUCGAGACGGCCCGUCAAAUGAAACGGAUCCACUCGGCCGGUGGCGGUGGCCCGGGCGGCGGUGGCAUCAUUGGCGGUGCUGGCGGCGGCAAACGUGGUAUCCACGAGAACGGGGAACUGUCGCACCGCUCGGUGCCGACGGUGGCCGGACCGCUCCACUAUUCGGUCCGUGCCGGGCCGAACGGUCCGACGCUGGUCGACUUUACGCCGAAACAUGAACCCCACGACAUUGGAGGUGUGCGGGGUGGACCGGGCGCUCGAAUGCAGCAGCAUCUGCCACCGCAGCACCACGGUAUGCCGCAACACGGCGGCGGCGGUGGUGGCGGCCGGCAGCAGCAGGUCGUGCCGCCGGCACUGUCCGUGAACCUGAAACGACCGCCACCGGACGAUGACGAUCACCAGAUGGACGGUCCGACCGGGAGCGCCAAGCGGGGCCCGGAAGAUCCGUCGGUGGGCCUCGGACAGCGGCCACCGCUGACGCGGGGCGAAUCCCUGCCGGCGGUACCCUUCGUGCCCGAGCGGCAGCCCAGCUACAAGGACAAACAUCCCGUGCGAACCGCUUCCUUCGAUACGGCUGCGUUCAAAUCGAUGGUUUAUCCGAACGUGAUACCGAUACCGCCCGUGUCGAUGGGUGACACGACACCACCGACCCCGUCGUCUGUCGCACCGUUGCAAAGCCCGAUGGCGAACCUAAUGUCGAUCACCGAAACUCUCCCGCCGGGCAGCCCACGCAAUGGGCCCAGCCCACCGGGGCCACCGCCACCGCGGACAGCGUCUCGCGGUUCGCAGCAUUCGCCGAACAGUUCCGGUUCAUCCAGUGGGCGAAGAUCGUCCGGUUCGCGGCACGUGUCAAGCACGACCGUCACGUCGUCAGAGGUUCCGCAGCCCAACUCGUCCGUGCCGGGCAGUGGCGGUUCGACGACACCGAACGGUAGCGGUGGCACCGGAGGCAACGGUGGCACUCCGCCCGUUCCGAUGGGAGUUCCGAUGGGCGGCCCACCGGGACCGGGUCAGCAGCAGCAACAGCAGCAACAGCAACAGCAACAGCAACAGCAACAACAGCAAAUGGGACAGCAACAAGGACCACCACCGCCACAAUCGCAAGGCCAGCAACAGUCGCAACCUCCACCGCCGCCCGACGGUGGCAGUAUGGGUGGUCCGGCCGGCCCGAACAAUGUGAACGGUCCCAAUGCGAGCCCCGCACCGCCGGGAAGCGCGGGUGGCGGUGGCAGCGGCAGUGGCAAUGUUCCCGGUGGACCGGGCAGUGCCGGCGGACCGGGCGGACUCCCGCCGGGGGCUGCUCCACCGAACAGUGCGCCCGGCAGUGGACCUGCGCCCGCCCCGACACCGAACCCGACGCUCAAGUGUACGCUCUGUCAGGAACGGUUGGAGGAUACGCAUUUCGUGCAGUGUCCCUCGGUAGGCCACCACAAGUUCUGCUUCCCCUGCAGCCGGGAGAGCAUCAAACGACAGGGCUCCGGAGCGGAAGUGUACUGUCCGAGUGGGGAAAAGUGCCCGCUGGCCAACUCCACGAUACCGUGGGCGUUCAUGCAGGGCGAGAUUGCGACCAUUCUGGGCGAAGAGCUGAAGGUGAAAAAGGAACGAGAAACGUAGAGAAGUCGAGACACCGUUGCCGACUGUGCCGUUGCCGGCGUUUCGGCCACCGGACGACAGAUCAACACCACUAGCGCUACCGCUGCUACCAGGAACAGUAGCAGUGGCGGCAGCAGUAGUAGCAGCAGAAGCAGCAGAAGCAGUAGCAGCCGAAGCAGCUGCAGUGCCGGUGGCAGCGGCAUUCCCGAGCUCGGUAGUGUCGCCCAUCAUCAUCAGUUCCAUCAUCAGCAGCAGCAUCGCGUACAACCGCGCGUGCCUUCUGAAGAGCAGUAUGAUGAAGUGUUCGACGAGGAUGCCCACCAGCAGAACCGCUGUGUUGUGGAUGAGGCCGAGGUGGAAGAAGUGCCCGAAGAGUCGCCGGCGGCGGUCGAGCAGGAUCUAAUGCUUUCGGCAAACCGUGCGGUGGGUCGAAGAGGUUCGGAACGGAUGUCUUCGAGCACCACACGGCAGCACCAGCAGCAGGUUGUGUGGCACGAUGAUGAUCGAGGUGGUGGUGAUGGAAGCUACUAUCGCCAGCCACAGCACCACCGGGAGCAACAACAGUCGGAACUUCACAGUGGCUCCCCCCAACAGCGGUACGAUCGUCAGCUGAGAUCCCACCGGCACCAGCGUCAUCAUUAAGAGUAAUGAUUCUAGUUUUGAUGGCGAGAUCCGGGGACACAUCCCAGAAUGUGUUUGCUUGAGCAGCUCUGCUACUUCGAGAAGGUGGCGGCGCGUACGUCCGUGUGGUGACGCUCAAGGGUGGCUAGACAACGGCAACGGCGGUGAGACACGUCGGUCAACGGAAGUGAGAGACAAACGGCGAUCGUGUCGUGCGUUGUGUCUUCUUUGUUUUAUGAAAAUGAAGAAGCAAUCGAAGAGUUGCACUCCACAUCCCUGUGUAGAUAGUUUCCCGGUUUUUGGAUUUGCUGCUGUGCUGCUGUUUUCCCAGUUCUUGGCCAUCGGCGCGAAGCUCGCCCUUAGGCCGCAGGGAAAGUGGGCGAAGAGCAAACAAACCGUUUCUUUGGUAGUUUGUAAGGGACAUCGUUUUGCAUAACGCGCCGUCGUUCGGCACGGGGGGGCAUUCGUCCACAGCACGGAUAAGGCAACGACCCGACGAAUGAUGAACCGGGGCGAGAAGUGGAAACUCUCGAUGUAAAUAGUUUGGCCGUUUUCCACCCCGAAAGCGGCGGCCCUACUAGGGGGAUGAUACUGUUUUAUUAUUUUGUUUAAGUAUUCCGUAAUACAACCCGUACUAGGAGAUAUAGAUAGAGAGAAAGCCAGAGGUGCAGUAGAGUUUAGUUCACAAAGCAUACUUAGCCUAAGCGAAGUGGUGUUUCAUUUCAAGUGUUAGUAAGGGUAGUCUUUUUAUGAAUUCGUUCCUCGAUCAGAGUACAACGUGGGUGGGUAGACGUUUUGUUAUAAGCAAACAGCAAAAAAGUGGAACCGGAAACGGUUAGACGAGGCUGAUCGAUGAUCGGAUCAUCGUGUGGGGCCUCUGCUUUUGAAGUGUGGGCAGGAGGUUAAACAUUUUUACGUGCAUAAUGCCUGCGUUGUUCAAGUUUUUGCCUUACGUUUGACCACAUUUCGAUAAUUCUUGGUGUUGUCUCAUAAUCUACGAUUUGCAGCGGUGUGUUGAAAUUCAUUGACCGUGCCGUUGUUGCUAUCGUUUUGGUGUCGAAGUGUGUAGUGUUAUAGGAAUUUUGCAACAUAUUUUUGUGUUAGAUGCCGUGGUUUGUGUAAAAGAAAGUCUAAACAGAGCGUGUGAAAGGUUCGCUUUUGGGAAGCACAUUUUUUGGAACAGCCCAACCUUCAGGUCACCAGACAGGGGUACCGCCUGUUGUGUGGUGGCUUCUUUGGAUGGGUUUUGUGGCAAGGUUUGAUUCAAACCAAGCGUUGGAUUUACGUCGUGACAACCCAAGAACGUAUGGAGGAACUCCCGGCACACGGGGGGCUAUAAUAUGACUCGAUUUUGAAGAGUUGAAAUAAUUUCGAACAAACGAUUGCACUUUUGAUGGAAUACAUAUGCCGAAUUGUAGUCUUUAAGCGAUUGGUACGCGUUUAAGUUUGAUUGAGUUAAGAUGCGAUGAUGCGUUUUUUUAAGUGUACAUGUAUUUAUAACAGUAGCUGAGCGUUCAAUUUUUAUUUAAUUUUUGGGAUUUUAGUUCUUUGCAAGACCGCGGAAGAACCGUUUUGGCGCAUUUCACGAAUACUGGUUGUACAUACGAGUUACGGUGGACGGAAGUGAAAAAUACACACACAUUGUAAGUGUUGUUUAUAGUUUUUAGUUUGCGAAACGGAUGGAAUAUGUAGCAGAGGAAAGCAGAUCAAAUCAUGAUGCACACACAAUACAAAUCAUGAUACUAUUACACUGUGUACUGUUUUUAUGUUUAGUUAUACUUUUCUAUGGUAGAGUACCCCUUGUAAGGAAAGCAAACAAUGAAUCACGUUAAUGUGGAGAAGAUAAGACGAUAACGUAGUGCUAAUUAUUCGCAAGCGAGAGGCAUUGAACAUUCUAAGGCGAAAACGCUGCAAGGAGCUACAGCAUAACAUAGCCGAGCGGACUUAGCAAAUACAGUGAAAAUGAUUGUUUUCUUCUGAAACGA